AUGUCAAGUAUUCUCAAACCCUUCCAUAAAGGUAUUCUUUUCUCGACAUAUCCUUUUUGUAAAAUAGUAUGCUUUAGUGACCGCCUUCACGAACUACAGUAUUUGAAACCAAAAUUGAAAAACUUGCCCGAAAAUGCGGAACAGAUUCUUCAAGAUGAAUAUACUGCCCGCAUCGUUCUUCGCGCCAUGAAAGAGUGUCCAUUUCCAGAUGACCCAGUGUUGAUAAUUAAAUGGGAUGAUAGAGGAUUUAACGACGUACCAACUGUUCCUGGUUGCCGUAAUGGUGUGCCCGGUCAGACGAAGGCCGCCAUCAUUACUCACCUCGUGACGAAUGGCGCAGUCGACGUUUAUGGAUUAAAUUUAAUUUUCAUGUUUAGAAAUUCGGACGCACUUGGCCAGUGGCCAGGCAUCAACCAGGCGUUCUGGACGUCUGCAGUGCCACAUGUAGAAUCAAUAGGAUAA